AUGACUUAUACCCUAAUUGUCGGUGCAACGCGGGGCUUGGGAGCCUCCCUGGCGAAGCAGUAUGCCUCCGAACCAGGGAGCCGAGUCUACGCAACCACAAGAUCCAAGGCGGCGCCCGCAGGUUUCCCGGAUACUCUCCACUGGCUUUCGGACAUCGACCUGAUGCAACCCACUGUGGGUGAGGAUCUCGCCGGCCAGCUCAAGGGCAAAGACCCGCUGGACGUGGUGAUCAUUACCGCUGGGCGCUUCAUGACCGAAGACUUCAGCACGGAAAAGGGCCCGAACUGGGUCGACGAGGUGACCAUGUACACCACGAGCUCCAUCGCGCCCGUGUUCAUCGUGCACAGUCUCGCCCACGCAAAUCUACUAAAAUCAGGCACCAAGGUCAUCUUGAUCUCCAGCGAGGCCGGCAGCAUCACUCUGCGCCACGAGAAGGAGGGCGGGGGCAACUACGCGCACCACGCCAGCAAGGCCGCCCUGAAUAUGGCGGGCAAGCUGCUGAGCCUCGACCUCAAGGAGAAGGGCGUCAUCGUCAGUAUCAUCCACCCGGGCUUCAUGCGCACCGAGAUGACCAAGAAUGUCGGCUUCGACGCGCAUUGGGACGAGGGCGGAGCUGUGACGCCCGACGAGGCUGCAAAGAGCGUCCGCGAGUGGACGGAGAAGCUCGAUAUGAGCAAAUCUGGCGAAUACUGGGCGCCGCGAGGUCCGCGGGAUAUUGGUAUGGCUGAGACGGUGCUUGGAAAGGACCUGGGCACCCCAUUGCAGCUGCCUUGGUGA